AUGACGCCGAUGCAUGGCGAAGACGCCGACGCAUUGACGGCGGAGGACGUCGUCGCGCUCGUCUCGAAGAUGCGCGAGCUGGACAUCCUGGACUUUGGUUCUCUCAUCGUGAGCGACGCGAAACGAGGUGUGGUGACGCGCGAUCGGUUGCGUGAGGAUGCGCGCGCGGAGUUACUGCGACGGGGUGGACGGGCGACGACGACAGCGAUCGCGAUGGCGCUCGAGGUGGACGUAGGGGACUGCGAACGCGAGCUCAAGGCGUUGGCGAGAGACAAAGAGUUAGGCGCGCGGUUCUUGGAGGGAGAACUCAUGACCGAGGAUUACUUUUCUACCGUUGUUCACGAGAUCGUGGAGACGCUGCGAACGAGCGGAGUGACGUCGAUCAGGGAUUGCGCGAGGAAGUUUUCGCUGAGCUCGGAAUUGGUCUCGCGCGUCUUGCGCGAGCGCGUAGGCGCGUCAAUCGAAGCAAAGUUGGAGGGAUCGUUAGUGUACACACCGGCUUACGUCGAUCGACUUGCGGAGCGUAUUCAAGACGCGUUAGGCGAGUGUACGGCGCCGACCUCGAAAGAGGCAGUGCUCAGUUUGGCGCUUGGCGACAAUGAUGGUUUAGUGGACUCUGGCGCGCAACUCGCAGCAAAGUUGCUAAGCGAUGUCAUCAAGUCUAAGAAGGCGCAGGGUACGAUGAACGCUGGAUUUUGGUAUCCGGAGGUGCACUUGAUCGCGCAGCGGAAGAAACUAAGAGAAGCGUACGAACGGCACGGUAUUGUGACCGUCGCCAUGGGGGCAGCCUUGGGAAUCGACGCGGAGGAGACAAAAUCCAUCAUCACGGUAAUAGAUGGUGGAUAUGUGGAUUUUGGAUCUUACUUCGUCGCGAAAAGGGUGUUAGAGCAGCUUGAAAUCUCCAUCAGAGAGGCGCUAGCUGAAGACGGAUACUGUCGAAUCGCCGACGCCUUGCCAGAUGGUCUCGGUUCAGAGGUGCUCGCACACACAUCCGUGCUAAAAAGCAGCGCAAGCGUUGGAGAUUACGUCGUAACCAAUCAUCUAGUGAAGAAAUGCAUCGAGAAUGCGAAACGAGUCGGACAGUCGACGGCGGAGAACGUUUUGCGUGAGAAUGGGGCGGACUUAGAUGCAUUGAAGGGAAUGCUCGUUUCGACAGGAGCUUCUGCCUCAACUGAGGAGAAGAUCUACGCAAAGGGACCGAAAAAAGGCAAAAAGGAUUCAAAGGGUCAUCGUGCUCGAGACGAUGCGUUGGCGGGCGAUCAAGGUCUACCGCUCAAGUCUAACGCUCAAGGAAACAAACUGUCUACAUCUUUGCACGUGUUGAAAGAUUCCGACAUCACCGGGAGUAUGCGACGGGUCGUUCCUGAAGCUGAUGAUGAACUCGUGCGAGAGCUCACGAAGAUGUUUAGGACGUUCGCUAGUGCUGAGUUCAACGAGCGUGUGUCUUUUGCCAUCGACAACUUUGGCGACAAAUUGAAAAUGUCGCGAGAGCUUGCUGCUAAGAGAUUUUUGGAAUUGUACCCCACCGCGGCGCUCAUUUCCAAGGGUACGGAAGAAGUACUAGCCAAUGACGUGCAUGCCGUGAAGUACACUUGUCGACAGUACGCUUUGCCAUGUGCUGAUGCAUUUCUGCGCUCACAAAUGGAGAAGGCCGUGGACGACUGUGAUGUCACGGCGCCACUCACCGACAAGUGGCGCUCUGGCAUAGUGGAAAGUUUUCCAAACUAUCCAGCCGACGGUAAACCGCUCGGACGCGCUCUCUUGGAGUCAAUAAAGAGUGGCAAGUCUCCGGUGGACGUCGUGGAGCGCGUCGCGACGCUCGCGGAGGCUUUUGGCAUUCGUCUUCCUUCAAUGAACAGAGCGGCGGCGCGGUCGAUCCUUCAAGCACACAAAAAAGGUCUCGAAGAUCAGCUCAGCGCCGAACGAGACGUCGCAAAGGCAUUGCUCAUCGCUGUGCCGUAUUUGGUCGCCGUCACGCGUGGCAAAGUCGUCGCCAUCACCGGAAGAUCCCUUGUUCCCGCGCUCGAGGCGUGCGGCGAGAGCCUUGAAACUGCUCGCCGAAACGUCGUCCGAAACGCCAUCGCUAGAGUGGUCGAAGAGCUCUCUGGAUCGUCCCCCGCAUCGCCCACGGUCGAUAUCGACGCUCUCAAGGACGCCGUUUUUUCAAGUGCCGAUGCCGACGCGUCGCAGAAUGAUCAUUAG